AUGUUGAAUGAUAUUAAUGACCUGUUAGCGAUCGACUCCAAGAUUGAAGAUAUAAAGGACCAAAGAACUCAAUUGGCCACGCUACUUCAAAAUGCUCAACAGAAUAAUAUAUCUUUGAUAAAGCCCCAACUGCGUGAUCGCUCUGAAAAUAUUGCUGCUGAUAUUAUCUCCAGAGCUCACAGUUUGAGUGGUGUACAAGAACUUAAAAAGCAAUAUGGAUCAUUAGACGUACUAGAUGAGCUGGAACAGUUAUAUGAAAAACAAGAGACUUUGAAUAAUGCCAAGAUUGACUUAGAACAUUUAAAGACUGAGAUAAAAAAAUUGGGUAACCUAGAUAUUUUAGAAUUAUCAUGGGAAACAGUUUUAGAAUUGCAUGAUAAAAUUAAAGCAACUAUAGAGCUAGUGGAAAAAGACCCCACUGAAAAGUUGUCUAUUGAUCAAGUGACAUCGAAUUUCAAUGACAAUGUUAUCACACGUUGGGCCAAUAGUAUAUCGAAUGACUUUAAACAAUUGUUAUUAGAAUCCAAAUGGGAUGCCAAUCAAUGCACAACCCCGGAACAUGAUCUAAUAGAUAAAUUAAGAGAGACAUCAUCACUUCUUUACAAAAUAAGCUUGCUAUAUCUAAACACUGCUGACUCAAACCUUUGGAACUUUCAAUGCAUUGCAAACAAUUUUAAAAUUAGAUUUCUUUAUCAUUUCCAUGAAUCUUCAGCCAUGAUAGAAAUAUAUUUCAAAUUCCUGAAUGAUUAUUUGACAGAAAAUCUGUACAAAUGCAUAAACAUAUUCCAUGAUGAAGCAAAUGGAAUUACUGAACAAAAAAUACACGAAGAAUUUAUCAACUAUGUAUUACAACCAAUCAGAGAUAAAGUUCAAUCUACAUUAUCACAGAAUGAUUUGAAAACUUUAAUUAUUCUAAUAUCUCAAAUAAUUUUCACUGAUAAGAAUCUAUCCACUUCAUUUCAUUACACUGGAAAAGGCCUAGUCUCAUUAUUACCAGAUGAAUCCUGGGACAAAUGGCUCACUUAUGAGAUAGAAGCGACCACCAAACAGUUUGAAACAAUUACCCAAAAUCCUGUAGAUUUGUCCAAAUCUGCUGAUGAUUUUAAUAAGAUAUUGAAGAAAACCUAUGAAUAUUUAGAACCUUUCUAUCAACUUGAAUACGAACCGUUGGAAACCUACAAGUUAAAGACGUGUUCUCAAAUAUUUAUGAAACUGUCAUCCUCAUAUCUUGACUACGUCUUAACUACAGAUUCAUUAGGGGAAAAACGUACGAAGGAAAAAGAAUUAUACCAAACCAUUAUUAAAUUACAAUGUUUAAACAUAGUCUACAGGAAGAUAUAUGAAUUAUCAGAAAAUCCAGUAUUCAUAAGGCUCACGAACAUGGUUAAUGAAAUUGAAGGUUCAAAUUAUUUUUCUGUAUUCCAAAACAUAUUAAAUGAUUACCAAACUGAUAUGGUAGAUGAUAUUCAAAAUUCCAUUAUACAUAGAGUUAAGAAGUUAAUCAAAGAAUCAUUGCAAAAUUAUUUCAAACUAAAGACGUGGUCCAAUUUGGAAAACCCAAGUGAAAAUAUGGAAAGUGCUAGUUCCGAAUUGGUUAAUACAAUAAAUCUUUUGAAUAGGGUUAUUAAUAGCGUAGAUUCACGAGAUAUUCCGUCACCCAUUAUUUUAAAUAUUAAAAAUGAGUUAUUAAAUAUCAUCGUGAAUUAUUUCGUGGAAUCUAUUUUAAAAUUGAAUAAAUUUAAUCAGCAAGGUUUAUCUCAAUUUAACAUCGAUUUCUGCUCAUUGAGAGAUACUUUAAACCUGCCAACAAAUAUUAUAAAUGCUAAAGAAUCUAAUCUCUUAGAAUUAUUAAAAGUAUUGACUAUAAGGUAUGAUCAAAAGGGGGAAACGUUUUUAUCAAAGACAUAUAUUAAUGCUGGUGCCUUUGACGAUCUGAGAAAACGUCUCUCAUUACAGCACCUAGAUGACUCUGACAUUCAAGAUGCAUUAUAUAGAAUAGUAUAUGGAAAUAUUAUAUAA